AACGACAAGAUUGUAUAAAGUGUGAGUAAAAUAUAGUCUAUCAAAUCCUUGAUAUAGCCUAAGUCUGACUGGAACACACUGUAUACAGUAUGUAUGGCGGGAGUAUGGUACUAGCAGUCGGGAACAGCUUGACCUUUCACAAAGCCUUCAAUUAUGAAACUCCUUGGCCAAUUAGUGACGCAUCAAACACCUGCUGAACACUGGCUACGCGACUCGAGCUGUUGAUGAAGCCAGAUAAAUAGUGUUGCUCAAGCGAACGCCCAUGACAAUUUGCAUGAUAAAACAUUACGCCACACCUUGAGUGAUAUAGAAACAUGAAGAUUAAGGAACAUAACGUCAUUCCCGUUUCUGUAUCUCAUUACCUUCAUGUUGUUCAUGGAAUCAAAUUAAAGACCAUUCGGAGAGAAAAAGAAAAAAAAGUUACAUGGGGCCUAAAGGUUUUUGGAGUGUCGCUGGAAUGUUUACCGCAGUGUUCCAUUGCUGAGGAUAUUAUCGUACCACGCUUUUUGGUGGACGCUUGCAUGCACCUAUCGGAACAUGUCUGCACUGUGGGACUAUUCAGGAAAUCUGGCUCUGUGCUUCGUCAGAGAGCCCUAAGGGCCAGGUUAAAUCGUGGCGAGGCCUGUCUAUCCACAGCCUUCCCCUGUGAUGUAGCCUGCCUCCUGAAACAGUUCUGCCGGGAGCUGCCCAAGCCCUUGUUCCCCUCCGACCUCCAAGCAGCCUUGCUCAAAGCCCAGCAACUGCCCUCUGUCUCGGAGAGAACUUCUGCCAUUCAGCUGCUGUCCUGCCUCCUGCCAAAGAGAAACCUUUCCUUUCUGCGCUACAUCCUCAACUUCCUGUCCAGGGUUUCCCAGAGAUGCAGUGAGAACCAGAUGACCUGCAGUAACCUGGCGUUGAUCUUUGCUCCAUGCCUGAUGUCGCUGUGUAACACAGCAGAGGAGCUGGACAGAUCCAUUCACCUGAAAACAGAGGUGGUGCUAUCUCUAAUAGAGAAUGCCUACACAUUUGGUGUUAUCCCUGAGUUCAUAUUGAAGAGUGUUCCAGUUCUGUUAUACUUGGAGGAGAAGACUCACUCUGAGAGAAGCACAGUCUUGGAAGGUACUGAAAACCAGACGCACAGUCCUCAACAUGGCUUAGUUCAGGAUCUGGAUGAGAGGCCGUCCUCUGCCUCGGGUCUGGAUGAGAGGCUGUCCUCUGCCUCGGGUCUGGAUGAGAGGCUGUCCUCUGCCUCGGGUCUGGAUGAGAGGCUGUCCUCUGCCUCGGGUCUGGAUGAGAGGCCGUCCUCUGCCUCGGGUCUGGAUGAGAGGCCGUCCUCUGCCUCGGGUCUGGAUGAGAGGCCGUCCUCUGCCUCAGUUCUGGAUGAGAGGUCGACUCCUCGGAGGAGGCCAUCUCUCAGGAGAAGCCUGGGGAUGGAGACCUUCCCCAGUGUUCUCGCCUUCAGGUGCAACACUCUGCACACAGCUCAUAAACCCUGGAGUCACACAGCGUCUUUGAGCAAAUCCCCUUUGAACAGCCACAGGGAGGAACAGAGAACACGGUUCAAGCCAAGGCAAGGACAGAGUCUGAGAACACGGCUAUUUCACCUCUGAACUGACCAGAGUAGAGGGGGAUGGUGACUGGCCAUCUGUGCUCUCAAUGGGACACCAUGGAGAAGACAAAUCUGCUAUGUAGUGCCAUCUUUGCAGCCACAGACCAUUGUGACGCUGAACUGUAUUUUAUUUGGUCUUGCACAUGGUCAGAUGUUUUAUAUACAUAAUAUUUAUCAACUUUAUUUUCCCCUGUGUAAGAUGUUUACUCCAAGGUGAAAGUUUACAAAAUAUAUCAAUAAAUAUUUUACG